AUGCGUGCCUUUAUUCUAGCUUCCCAUGAUAGAGAACCUCAGAGCACAGGGCUUCAAUCUCUUAGACAACUAAUGGAUGAGAUGAUGCGUGGUCAAAGGGGAUGGAGGGAAUUGUCAAUAUUGGGGGAUAAGAUAAACAAGUUCACUGGGAUGAUAGAAGGUUUGAUUUGGUCUCCAAGAAGCAGUGAUGGUAAAUGCGAAGUUGAUGAUUGGUGUUUUGAGGAGGGGCCUCAUUCUGAUUUUGCUGGACCAACUUCGGGAAGCACUGCCUGUGUUGCAGUAAUUAGAAACAACCAACUUGUUGUUGCCAAUGCUGGUGAUUCACGGUGUGUGAUAUCUCGGAAGGGUCAGGCAUACAAUUUGUCUAGAGACCACAAACCUGAUCUUGAGAUUGAGAAGGAAAGAAUAUUAAAAGCUGGUGGUUUUAUUCAUGCUGGACGAGUUAAUGGAAGUUUAAAUCUUGCAAGAGCUAUAGGUGACAUGGAAUUUAAACAGAAUAAAUUUCUUCCUGCUGAAAAACAAAUUUUAACUGCCAAUCCAGACAUAAACACUGUUGAGCUUUGUGACGAAGAUGAAUUUGUGGUGUUAGCUUGUGAUGGCAUAUGGGAUUGCAUGUCAAGUCAACAACUGGUAGAUUUUAUUCAUGAACAAUUACACUCGGAAACGAAACUUUCUGCUGUGUGUGAAAGAGUACUUGACCAGUGUUUGGCACCAUCAACUGCCAGUGGCGAGGGAUGCGACAAUAUGACCAUGAUCGUGGUACAGUUAAAAAGACCUGCUCAGUCCAGUGCAUCAACAGAGGAACAAUCCUCGUCCAGUGCAUCAACAGAAGAGCAAUCCUCGUCAAACGCACAAGCUGAACCUGAAACACAACUAGAGAGAAGUGGAAGUUAG